AUGGCCUGUUACUGCGAAGACAAUCAUAGCGAAGACGGGGCUAACGGUAAACCCCAGGACUAUACUGUUUUACUGCUUACAUUUGAUACGGUUGGAGAAUUCGAGGAAUGGUUGCAUGAGCAGUGUGAAAGAAGUGGUACUAGUUUUUUCAAGCGAUCAAGUUAUGUCAAGGGCUCGUCGUACUCUUUAAGAUGCACAUAUGAGAAAGCAACCACUUCAAAGGCAACAUCUAGUAAAAAGGAUGUCAUAAGCUGUUCAUGUUUUAUGAACGUUCACACUGCCGAUGAUGGUAAAGUCAACAUAAAAGGAUGUUUGGGGCAUUUCGGUCACGAUAUAGAGCCUGCGCUGCUCCGUCUUCACAAUACACAAGAACAACUUUUGAGAACUCUUCUCGAAGGAAGGACUGCCAGUUGGGCAUCACUUGCAAACAAAGGUGCCGUGAUGGACACGACGAUGAUUAGUGAGAGGUGGCAUCUGCGUCUAAAGAAGGACUUCCUCCACAGAAAUGCCAACUCAAGAGCCGACUUUCUCGUAGAGCUGCUAAUCAGAGCUGUGGAGGACCUGGCUGAUUCAGCCGAAAUUAGGGAUCGCCGUCGACUCGCAGCAUCCUCUUUCCGUGUUCAGCAGUCCACUAAAUGUCAUAGAUGGGCAUUGAAACACUACGAGAACAGUCCUGAGAAGGUGAAGCGAGUGGCAGAAAAGAAAUGGGAACUUCAAGGAAAAGGUGUGGCGGAAAAAUACCAAGUGGUAUACUUGGGUGGAUGCGCAUGCAGUGAAUCCUUGAGUGAAAACGUUCACUGCCCACUCUGCGGUGUCUCUUGGCGCUGCAGCUGCUUGGAUAAUAGAGCUGGAAUCAGUUGCCUUCACAGACAUGCGGCAAAAUUAUAUGGAGGAGGCGUUGUAGAGGAACAUCCAUCUACUUCACAAGUCCAUGAAAGACCCCAUACACAGCUAAGUGAGACGAUGUAUGAGGUCGACCAAGUACUUUCCACUCAAGAUCUGGUCACGGCAGCUCAGGAGCGCAAACAACAACGAACUCAAAUAAGGAGUAACAUUGAAAGUAAAUAUGCAGUCCUGCGCGCAAAUGUAAACAUUCUUGUAAACACUGACACAGAAGAAGCGGCGGAAACGCUCAAGAAGAUUUAUGAUCUUGUUGAUCAAGCAUCAAAAUUAAAAGUCAGUCAGCCCUCUACAGAAGGAGUGCAUAUCGCUGCUAGGCCAGAGCUGACUAAACCCGGAGCAAAACCUCAGCUCACUAAGGCAGAGCUUUACACAGUAAGUUACCCAUGUUAA